AGCGCUUUUAAAGCAAGCCGAUUCACGUAAAGUUCCUUUACAGUGUUGGUGAUUUGCCUCCACGUUGGUGACUUGCGUCCUCAUUCCCCAACCAUGGCUGAAGGGGGUACAGAUGGGAACCAGCCACCGCGCGAGCAUCCCCGCAAUUUGCAGGGGCUGCUGCAGAUGGCAGUCAUGGCGGGCAACACCGAACCUGGUCAGACGGCACCUAUGUCUGAUGAGAGGAGACAGUGGUUGCAGGAAGCCAUGGUGGAGGCAUUUCGUGGGCAGAUGGAUGAAGUGGAGCAAAUGAAGGAAUGUCUGCGUAUUUUGGAAGAGUUAAGCCCAGGAGCAGAACGUGGGGAAAGUUCAGAGGAAACACAUUCAGAUCUUGACCAAAGGGAAAAUGCCCUCAAUGUGCUGGCAGAGUUGUGUGAAAACUUGGAUAAUGCUGCAGAUUUCUGCAAACUGGAAGGCAUGCGGCUGUUGGCCCACCGAUACCUGGAACAUGAAGAGCAGGAACUGCGAUGGCGAGCUGCCCAUCUGGUGGGCACCUGUGCCCAGAAUGUGCCCAUGGUUCAAGAGCAGGCCCUGGCGCUGGGCUGCAUGAGGAAGCUGCUACGGCUGCUGGAUCAUGACCCCAGCGAGGCUGUUCGGAUCAAGGCGCUCUUUGCCAUUUCUUGCUUAGUAAGAGCCCAAGAAGCUGGCCUACAGCAAUUCUUACGCCUUGAUGGCUUCUCUGUACUCAUGAGGGCCAUGCAGAGUAAUGUACAGAAACUGAAGGUGAAAUCGGCCUUCCUCCUCCAGAAUCUUCUCAUAAACCACCCAGAACAGAAAGAGACUCUCUGUUCCAUGGGCAUGGUUCAGCAACUGGUGGCUCUGGUCCGAUCUGAACACAGUACCUUCCAUGAGCACGUCCUGGGAGCCCUAUGCAGUCUGGUAACAGAUUUCCCCCAAGGUGUGCGAGAGUGUCAGGAACCAGAAUUAGCACUGGAGGAUCUGCUAAAGGAACGCUGUCGGCUGCUUAGAAAUCAAGAAGAAUUCCAGGAGGAGCUGGAUUUCUGCGAGACCCUGCUGCGUCUUUGCUUCCACAGUCAACCUGAUGAAAACAACAUGGACCGGUAACUUGGCUCUUUGAUGGUUGAAGUUCACACUCAUAUUUGGAUCUGUGCUGGUUGGUGGCAGCCUCUGAUGGAAAUACCCACAUCUAUCCUAACAUCCGCUGAACCAGCGGUAAGCUGGAGUAACAGAAGAUCUUUUGGAAACUGAGCUGUGCUGCUGUUAAGCUGAAUGAUCAGCAGGAAGACUUUCAUAAGCUGUUGCUGCAUAACUUCCUUUUCAUCAUCCUGCGAAAUGCAUUUGUCUACCCUUGUAGUUUACUGGUAACUUUGCCCAUCACAGUGUAGCUUCCCUACUGUAAAAAACCAUAGUUUUAAAAGGAUUCAAUCUCCAACUUUAACUGGGAAAUGAACCCUAUGUCCUAUUGUGCUUUGCUUGUUUUCAUAGUUGCAGUGCUUAGAAGGGAGGGGUGAGCUUGAGUACUUUUUAAUGGCUUGGCCAUUAAACCUUGGAAGAAAAAUCAAUUGGCAGUUUUUUUUCUCCUUUAGGAUACUAUUCCCAAGUAUGUGCCUUCCAGAUGUUUGAACUUUCACCCCCAUCAUCCCUUAAACUAUCAAAAACAGGGUUUAUAAUGCUUUAUCUAAGUUCAUGCAGUAACAAUUGAAGUCCACAGGUAUGAAGAAUAAAGUUUGGAGGGUGAGGGAGAUUCUUUUCUAGCUAUCACUCAAAGACAGGAAUGUUACUACACUGUUCUUGAGCACCAAAAUGCUUUUAACACCUCAGAUGGCACGGGGAGGGGGUGGGGGAGACAGUAAAAAUUAAAACACAUCUGAAAUCAUCCCCACCCCCUCUGGACUCACAAGAGUGAUAAGAUUUUGGUGCAGAACACUAGGAAGCCUGGCUAACGCCAUAUUUUAAUCUAUUUUAGUUCAGGAACCUGCUUAGAACAAUGGCUCAUUCUUGGGGAUGAUGGGAAGUAGGGAAUCCUCAAAUUUCUUCUCCAAAUGUGUAAUCCAGUAAUGUUCGUUUCUUCAGCAAAAUGAGCUUUUGGUCCCUAUGUAAAAAUGCAGGAUCUGUAUGAUAAUUAUCUUUAAAAAGUGUUUCAAAUAUGGGAAAACUGAAAAAAAGUACCAUAUUUUUCAGAGUAUA